UUUCUAAAUAAUUUAUAGAGCAACUGCGAUGUACGUUAGGAUGCAAAAAAUAUAAUUAUUAUAGUGAUUGUUACGGCCAAGUAAAAUAAGAUUUAAAACUUUUUAAACAAUGAAUGUGAAAUGUAAAUGACUAUUUAAACAGAUACUGAUCCAUUUAUAUGAUUUCAAUGAUUAAGCCAUUUUUCCAUCCAUUAUAAUACUUUAAUUAUAAAUGUUAAACUGCAAAAUUUUGAUAUUCAUUAUAGUGAGUGCCUUUCACUUACAAAUUAUUAAGGCUGAUUCCUUUGUGUUUGGUCAUAGAGAAGAUGCCGCCUAUCAAGCAUGUGCUCAAGUUUUGAGUUAUCUUGCUUUAUUUUCUACUCCUGAUUCAGAAGGACUUCAAAACUUUUGUGAUCCUCAAAAUCAACCAGCAUUGGGAUCAAUGGCCCAUUGUAUUGUUGAUAACUCUCAUCCUUGUCAAGUCCAAGUUGCAGCAUUUUUAGAUAGUUGCAAAGAUUAUAAACUUACCAAUGAUACAUUCUACAAAUCUUACGAAAAUGCCACCAACUACCUUGUUAGUUUACCAGUUUCAAAAGAUCCUACUUUGAAGAAGACCAGUUAUCCAAUCUACACUCCUGCUGGACAAUAUCAAACUGCUUUUAACUUGAACUACGGUUCAAUCAGAACUAUUAAUUGGUCAUUGGCAUUUGGGAUUGUAUUGGAAUCUUAUUGGUUUCUUGUGAUGCUUUUAGCUGCUAUUAAUCAUUGGAGUUAUUAUCUUUUUCCAAACUUUGUUAUGAAGUUACAUUCACCAUUUAUUAAUUCAUUUAGAGCAAAUGUAAUUUUGUCACAUACUGAUAAUAAACAUCAUGCUCAAAGAUUAAAGAUCUUUAAAAGAUUAGAAGCAAUUCUUCCUCUUCGAUUUGAAACUAUUAUAUUAUCAAUUUGGUUUAUCUUGGUGUUUAUAUUUGCUGGUGUUCACAUAUAUAGACCUGCUCAAGGGUUUGUUGAAUUAUCAGUAGGUAACAGAUCAGGAUUAUUAAUGGCCUUCACAUUUCCUGUUUUAUUUCUAUUUGCAGGAAGGAAUAACUUUAUGCAAUACGUCACUGGGUGGCCAUAUUGUCGAUUUUUGAUCUUUCAUAGAUGGAUUGCUAGAACGGUUUUUCUUUUACUUAUUGUUCAUAUCGCUUCUAAAACCCUCACCUUAAAGGCAUUCAAGGCAUAUCAAGCUUAUAUGCAUCAGAAUUUUGUAAGAUGGGGUAUAGUUGCAGCUUGUUCUGUUGGAUUGUUAAAUGUUCAUUCCUUUCAAGUGUUUAGAAAUACAAAUUAUGAAAUAUUUGUUUUGAUUCAUAUUUGUUUAGCAUCAAUGGUUGUUGUUGCUGGUUGGAUUCAUACAAGUUAUGCAGGGUGUCCAGAAUUCUUUUAUACGGUAUUGGCAAUUUGGGCAUUUGAUAGAGUUUUAAGAAUUGUUCGUAUUAUAUCAUUUGGAGUUCAAGUUGCUACCGUUGAAUUAAGAUCGGAAGAAACAUUGAAAGUUACAGUCAAAAGACCAGGAUAUUGGAAACCACACCCAGGAGCUCAUGCUUAUAUCCAUUUCCUUAAGCCAACAUGUUUUUGGCAAUCACACCCGUUCACCUUGGUUGAUUCAGUGAUGGAGAAGAAUACCAUUACUUUCUAUAUGAAAGUUAAAGGAGGUAUAACCCAUGGAUUAUAUAAACUCUUAUUAAAUGCUCCAGAUCAUCGCGAACAUGUCAGAGUAUUGGUUGAAGGACCUUAUUCUCAACAAGUUCCUUUACAUGCAUUUAAUAAUGUUACAUUUAUGGCGGGUGGAAAUGGGAUUCCGGGAAUUUAUUAUGAAGCUACUGAUUUAUAUCAAAAAUCAAAAGGAUCGAAACGAAUUAAACUUUAUUGGGUUAUUCGUCAAUUCAAAUCGAUAGAUUGGUUUUAUGAAGAAUUGGAAAAGUUGAGUCAAACAGACAUUCAAACGGUUAUUUAUGUAACUCAACCUCAACUUGGAUUAGAUUUUGAUAUUGGUGAACCAUAUAUUCGAACUUCUAAUGAUGAUGAAUCCCAGAUUUCUCAUGUUAAAGCGGAAAAGAACUUUCAUAAAAUUGAAGUACAAGGAAAAGAACAUCCUAUUGAAUCACGAUCUAAUUCAAUUGCAGCAUCUAAUCUAAAGAGCAAGCUUAGUUUUAUUGAGUUUAGAGAGGGGAGACCAAACCUACAGGAGUUGAUUAAUUUUGAAGUUGAUUCAACAUCAAACUCUAUAGCUUUUGCUACUUGUGCACAUCCAUGUAUGGUUGAUGAUAUAAGAUUGGAAGUUAUAAAAGCAAUUAAGAGAGAUCGGUCUAAGAGGAUUGAAUUAUUUGAAGAGAUCCAAGAAUGGUGAUUAAUAGUUUUAAGUAUUAAUAAACAAAAGAGUCGCAAAAAUUUAUUGCAACUUCUGUCGUCUGCGUAAAAAGUUCCAUUCCUCACUUUUUCUGUCUGUUCAAAAUGUUGAAAGUGAAAAUUUUUUUUGUAUGCGAUUUAAUAUAUAUCUCUUCUUUCUUCUUUCUUCUUUAUUCAAUCAAAUAACAAAUACACAUUUCAAAAUGGUAUGUUUUUAAUACGAAGACGU